CCAAUCACAUGCGGCCACAGUGUGUUUGGAAACAACACCCAAAAUACUUGACGGCUUAUGAGGGACGACAAGAAACUUCGUGAAUCGGAAACCUCUUCCGUGUAUAGAGAAAGGUUGUACAGCUGAUCGAGUCUUCAGAGCGUUGAAUGUUUUUGUAGCUUUCUUUCGUUUUGGUUAAGAAGUAAAGAUGGAACAUUCUGGAGUCUCGGAUAAAGAGACAAUCGCGCUGGUUAUUAAAUCGCCUAACCAGUUCCACGACGAUCAACUGAUCGACGGAGUGCGCACGGACUGGACGGUGAAGGAUCUCAAAUGUCAUCUCUCCAAAGUUUAUCCCAACAAUCCGGCUGAAAAAGACCAAAGGCUCAUUUACUCGGGCAAGCUGCUUUUGGAUGGCCUGCUAAUAAGAGAUGUUUUCUCCAAGGUAGCUUCAGAUACCAAACCCACUCUUCACCUGGUGUGCGCUUUCAGACCCCAACCUGCUACACAACCCGGAGCAAGACCCAAAGUGACAUCGACACAGCAGUCUUCUCCAUUAACUGAUAGCCAAAGCACAGAGUCUGUUUCUCCAAGAUCACCCGUAUCUUCUGUUCCCUUUAUGGAUGGGCUUAGACAGAGAGGUCACGCAGUUUCGGCAACACCUGAUGGCACUGGAGCAAGCACAUCCAUGCCUGUAACGGCAGGCAUAAACCACCCAGCCUUCCCCACCUACUCGCUCUACAGUCCACAACAGCUUCUGUGGCUACAGCAGAUGUAUGCCCGUCAGUACUACAUGCAAUAUCACGCUGCCAUGGCAGCCGCCACUUCAGCUCCAAUGGCCGCCCCUGUCACCGCGUCUUCACUUCCUGUUGCCCCUCAUCAAGCUGCUUUAGCCAAUCAGGGCCCCAUCAAUGAUCUGCCAGCCAAUCAGAAUGCCCCAGGCCCUGCCUUCAUUAACCCAGAUGGUGCCAAUCAGAAUCUUCGUAUGAAUGCUCAGGGUGGACCGGUGAUGGAAGAUGAGGAGGACAUGAACCGCGAUUGGCUGGAUUGGGUGUACACAGCGUCCCGACUGGCUGUCUUCCUAAGCAUUUUAUAUUUCUACUCCAGUUUGAGCCGCUUCAUCCUGGUGAUGAGCAGCCUUCUGAUUAUGUACCUGCACACAGCAGGCUGGUUUCCUUUUAGACAAAGACCUCAAGCAAGACCUCAUAACCAGCCAGCACCAGAGGUCAUUCAAAACCAACAAAACCAGAAUGAGGACAGACAGCCAGAACCAGUGCAGCCCCCUGCUGGAGUGGAGGGCGCAGAUGCAGCUCCUGAGGAAAUUGCUCAACCCGCCAUGACAGCAGUGCCAGUUUCCCCUGUUAGACCACCCGUCCUGUGGACUGCCUGGGUUUUCUUUAAAGCCUUUUUUGCUUCUCUGAUACCGGAGAUUCCACAAGGUGUGGCAAACUGAUGAAGUUCUAGAGCGAGAGAGACUUAAAGAAACAGGAGUCAAAAUAAGACUAUAAAGCCCAUGGCUUGACCAUUUGGAUUUUAUUAAUAAAGACUGUAAGUCCUCAAUUGUUUUCGCUCAGUUAAAAGGAGCACUUUCCAGUCAUUUGGCUUUAUGACCAACGCACCUGAGCCAUAUCGCUUCAUUUUUCAGAGUGGUUGCACUUUCUGUACAAAGACUUUUUGAGACAUGGAGAUAUUUCUGGACAGUUUUUGCAAGCACUUUAGAUCCUCAUUAACUGACAUCAAUGAUAUCAGUGUCUUGAUCUUAUCUUUUUCAAGGAUCCUAUCACCAGGGCCUCAUUUGCUUAAAGUGCUUUACGAUGAGUGAUCCAAGGAUUAAACUCAUGGGCUUAUAUAAUGAAGGCCCAAGUAUAAUGGACAAUGAAGACCAUACAUUGAUGGAUGUUGUUAGGGGGAGAACUGUUGUGACACUCUAUUUCUGUUUCUGCAAAGAAAAAAUGCUUAGCUAUAUAUAAAUUGUAAAUUGAGUAAUGUUAAUAUUUACAAAGAAGGUUGGGUAUAUGUAAGUAUUAUAAAGAGCAGACGAAUUUGCAAUUAAAUGAAUGCAAAAGAUUUGCUUAAUCUUGGAAUAAAGCAAAACCAGGCAAAUUUUUCUUUUAAUUCUCUGUCUGUACAUAAAUAGGAGAGAAACCGAAAAAUAACUAGAAUGAGAGACAAAACGCAAUUUUUAAUCAACAUUGUAGCAUUGCUAUCAUUUCAUUGUAUGUACUGUAUAAAAUAAGCUUUGUUAUUAUUAACAUAAACCUCUCUUUGUACACGAAAAUAAAAUAAUAAAUGAUUUGUUUAUUUCA